UCCCACCCCUCUUCCCGCAGGCCCCCGAACCCCAAUGAUCCUGCAGCAACCCCUGGAGCGAGGCCCCCAGGGUCGGGCCCAGCGCGACCCGCGGGCCGCCUUGGGGGCAUCCCGAGGCCUGGACGCGAGCUCCCCUCUCCGAGGAGCUGUGCCCAUGAGCACCAAGCGGCGCCUGGAGGAGGAGCAGGAGCCCCUACGCAAGCAGUUCCUGUCUGAGGAGAACAUGGCCACCCACUUCUCUCGACUCAGCCUGCACAAUGACCACCCUUACUGCAGCCCUCCCAUGGCUUUCCCCCCAGCUCUGCCCCCACUCAGAAGCCCUUGCUCUGAGCUGCUUCUCUGGCGCUACCCUGGAAACCUGAUCCCCGAGGCGCUCCGGCUCCUGAGGCUGGGGGACACCCCCACCCCCCACUACCCUGCAACCCCAGCUGGGGACAUAAUGGAGCUCUGAGUGCUGGGGGGCAAUGUCCCUGCCCACCUUCCUUCUUCCCCACAACAGGGGAGAACAGCACUCCCACAAAGGGACCAGCUGUACUGCUUUUCCUCCAGACCAGACCUCUGGGCACCAGGACCUUCCCCCAACAGAGGACACUGAGCACCACAGAGCCCUGGGGUGGUAGGGGCAGGAGCAUGGGAAGGGAGCCUUCCCCACCAGAGAACUGAAUAAAGAUUGUGGAGCAAAUGUAGGCUUCA